CUGCCCUGUAUUCGCUUGGCAAAGCUGGCACAGAACACAAGCAAGCCGGACCGAUUGCAAAGCCUUUCUUACCACAUUUGGGACUUGGAGUUAUAGUAAAAGUUUCUUGGCAGAGAUUUGCUAAACGGUGCAGAGGACCAAGGGCAACAUCUCAGCCCAAGUGUCAGAAGGAAGAAUUCUUUAUCUCGUCUCCCAACAAAACACAGUCCAAUGCAGCCCUUGGAUAGAAAGCUAUGGAGCGGAUCAGGGCCAAACCCGAGUCGAUCCUUACGAGAAGAGGGCCAAAGGGAAGCGGAAUCAGGAGCAGCGAUUUGGAGACUUGGAGGACAAUCUGAGCGGCACAGAGAGCGAAAUUUGGAGGUGGAACUCAACAUGAUGCAGUUUGAGCUGUUCUCCCUCAAACAGAAGCAGAUGGAGAACUCCUUUGCGCUCCUGGAACGGGAAAAGAAAUGGCUGGAGACGAGUUUCUUGGAAAACCGAAAGCAAGAAGGAGACUUGGAUGAGAAGAUCUUUAAGGUGGAAAUGGAAUUGGCGAAAACCCAAUCUUAUUUGGGCGAAAGCAACCGGAAAUCCUUGCCACCAGCAGCAAUAAAUUCCGGCACAAAUGGAGUUGCGGAAGAGAAAAGUGUGGAUGAAGAGCUGGCUGCUCACAAGAAACGUAUCAAGGCCUUAGAAAGAAGAAGAAGCGAAGUGGAGCGGCAACUGAAAUCUACCAAAGAGGAGCAUCAGAGGAUGGUCACAAAUCUGGCAGAAGCUGAGCAGAGAGCGAAAGAUUCAUUGCAGGCCAAAGAAAUACUUUGUGAAGAAAAAGACAGACUCCAAACUGCUCAUGACAACAUCUAUCUGGAGAAGACCCGGCUGGAGGAGAAGGUUCAUGAGCUGAAUCUGGAGCUGCAACCAGCGCUUUCGGAUCGGAAGAGACUCCUCGAGGAGAAGGUGGCCCUCCAUCAACAGGUCGAGAGGCUUACUCUGGAGCUGGAAUGUACUCAAAAGCAGCAGGAAGGCUUCCAGGACCAAGUCUCGGCACUCAGUUUGGAGCUUUCCGACGCCAAGAGCCAAGUCCGUUACCUGGACAAGGAGAAAGUCCUCAUGAAGGAGGAGCUGGAAUCCACCAGAAAGGCCAAGGAGGAGCUUUUGUCCGAGAAGAAAAUCCUGGAGAACCGCAUCCAAGCUCUGCAAGACGAGCGUUUGCAUUUGCUCGACGAGAGGAAAACAAUCCAUUCUGAGAACCAGGCCGAUGGGAAGAAGCAGGAGGAGAAAACCAAGGCUCUCCAGGAAAGCUAUGAAAAUCUUAGGGAAUCUCUGGCCUUGCAGCAAAGGGAGAAGGAGCUCCUUCAGACGCGUUGCCAGGAGCUGGAAGCAGCUUUGCACAACAAGCAGAAGGAGACAGAAAACCAGUUUGCGGAGCAGAAGCAAGUCUCCCUUUACUGGAAGGAGAGAUGGGAAGAGGCAGCUGCAGCCCUGAAGGCCAAAGACGAAGAGCUGGAGGUGAUUCGAACACAAAGCCAGGCCCUCUCUGCCAAGGGACCGGGUGCCAAAGCCAUCCGGAGUCCCCAGCAAGAGCAGGAGAGCCUCAAGCUGCAGCAUCAGCUGGUGACCGAACAGUUGAAAGGGAUUUUCAGACAGAGAGCACAGCAGAAACAAGGGACCAGAAAACCUCCUGGAAGACUCCAAGAAAGUUCUGCCAUGUCUCCUACAUCUCAAGGAACUCUGGUUGGAGCCGCAUCCCUCAAGUUUUCUGAAGAAGGUGAAACUGGAUCACAGGACAUUGAAGUGGAGAGUCUGAGGCAGCAGCUGAAACAAAAAAUGGAAAUGAUUUCCUCCAUGACUUCUGAAAUCGAGGCUUUGAAGCAGAAGAAUGAGAACCUCACGAAAGGUAAACUGAGGUUCCAGCAGCAGAUCCAAGAAAUCCGUAGGCUGUCGAAGCAACAGCCAGAAAAAAGCACCCCAGAUUUGCCGGUUCCUAGAUUGGCGGACAAGCUAAGCCUGGAUUUCCAAAGCGCUAAGAGGAGUGGGAGCUCCUUGCCUUCACCCCAAAGUGAUGAACCCACCAUCACCUUGUAUGGUCAGGAGAAGCGAAUGGCUUUGCAGCACCCUUCACUUGUCACUGCGGAUGACACUAAUGCUAGGCAUUUAUCCCUUGCGGGCCCUGCCGUCCACGAUUCUCCCACCUCUGUGGCACAUCUACAGUUGCGUCCAGAUGUUCCUGACAUCUCCGUGCCUUCCAUAAGUCUUCCCUUGGAUGAAUUUGCUUCUCUGCAAGAGGCUCAGAGCUCUUCUGAAGGUGACGGGGCCUUACUCCGGCCCCAGAGCCCAGCCCUGUUAUCCCCCAGGCCUUUUGGACUCCCCAGACCAUGGUCCCCUGUUAAAUCCAGAGCAAGCCCUGAACUUUCAGACAAUUGAAGGUAGAAAGAGCAAGCACGGAACGGUGUCCAAACAUGCAUCUACACUGUGGUAUGAAUGGAGUUUGACUUCACUCUGAUUGCUGGGAGUUGUAGUUUGAUGUUAGUUUGCAUUCAUUCUAGAUCAGGCAUGGGCAAACCUUGACCCUCCAGGUGUUUUGGACUUCAACUCCCACCAUUCCUAACAGCCUCAGGCCCUUUCCUUUUCCCCCUCAGCCGUUUAAGCAGACACCGACUACAAAAUGGAGUCCUGAGUCUGAACAUGCUCAGCACAAUCACAUGUCUAUGACCCUCCCAGCUUAAGCGGCUGAGGGGGGAAAGGAAGGGGCCUGAGGCUGUUAGGAAUUGUGGGAGUUGAAGUCCAAAACACCUAGAGGGUCAAGGUUUGCCCAUGCCUGAUCUAGAUGGACCAACCUCACAGGAUUGUUGUUGUCAUUGUUUGCAAAGAUACUAUAUGUGUGUUAACUGGAAAAUCAAAUGCAUGAAUUUGAUCGGCUGAGUUUGCAAGAACCUGGGAAUCAGUUUGCAACUGUUACUGUCCUGCUGCUGGAGAACCCGUUUGAUCAGCUUUUUCUCUGUGUGAGUCGUCUGAGUACUGGCUGAAAAGAAGAUGGCUCUGUACUCAGAGAGGCCUAUUUUCUGAGGCCUUGUUUGCUGCAGAUCUUCACUAAAGAUUAAGAAAGGACUGCUUAUGGCUGAGUUUGCAAGGACCUGGGAAUCAGUUUGCAACUGUAACUGUCCUGCUGCUGGAGAACCCGUUUGAUCAGCUUUCUCUCUCUGCGAGUGAGUCUUCUGAGUACUGGCUGGAAAGAAGAUGGCUCUGUACUCAGAGAGGCCUGACUAUUUUCUGAGGCCUUGUUUGCUGCGGAUCUUCACCAAAGACUAAGAAAGGACUGCUUACGACUGAUUUUUGCAAGCAAUCAGAAGGACUAUUGUAAACACCACUGUACUGUUGAUCUCCUGGACUUAAUAAAAGUUCUGGUGUUAUUCGUUCUACAAAGCUGAGUGGUGAAUCAUUCUGCAGGGUGAUUCUAGAUUCUUGGGGACAAGUAAGAGCUUCUGUCUAUCAUCCACAAUCCCCAACAGUUGUGAGGUUCAAAUAGACCCCAUUGAAAGA